AUCGCUUGUCGCCAUGCUUCUUACUCCCAUCGUCCUCUCCCUUCUACCCUUUACCGUCGCCGCUCGCGUCCACAAGCUCAAGCUUCACAAGGUCGCCCCCACCGCUAGCAACCCUGACUUUGAGGUCGCCUAUCUCUCUCAGAAAUAUGGCUCCUCUGCCUCAGUUCAAUUGCCCCUAAUGGGUGCAGGUGGCGCAGCACGACGCGUUGCCCGCCCGGACUCUCGCGAUGGCGAGCAGCUCUUCUGGACGCAGGACGACCUGAAGAACGGCCACAAGGUUCCCCUCACCAAUUUCAUGAAUGCGCAGUACUACACUGAGAUUACCCUCGGUACUCCUCCCCAGACCUUCAAAGUCAUUCUCGAUACUGGCUCGAGCAACCUUUGGGUUCCCAGCAUCAAAUGCACCUCCAUCGCCUGUUUCCUGCACACCAAAUAUGAUUCCUCGCAGUCAACUACAUACAAGGCGAAUGGCACCGAGUUCUCUAUCCAGUAUGGAUCCGGCUCCAUGGAGGGCUUUGUUUCCCAGGAUACCCUCGGCAUCGGUGACCUCACCAUCAAGGGCCAGGACUUUGCUGAGGCCCUGAAGGAGCCCGGACUCGCCUUUGCAUUCGGAAAGUUUGAUGGAAUCCUUGGUCUCGCUUAUGACACCAUUUCGGUCAACCGAAUUGUGCCUCCGUUCUACAACAUGAUCAACCAGAAGUUGAUCGACUCACCUGUGUUCGCCUUCCGCAUUGGAUCAUCGGAAGAGGACGGUGGUGAGGCUACUUUCGGUGGCAUCGAUCAUGAGGCAUACACUGGCAAACUUCAUUACGUUCCUGUUCGCCGUAAAGCCUAUUGGGAGGUUGAACUCGAGAAGAUCUCUUUCGGUGACGACGAACUUGAGCUCGAGCACACCGGUGCUGCCAUUGACACUGGCACUUCUCUCAUUGCGCUGCCCACCGAUAUGGCGGAAAUGCUCAACACUCAGAUCGGUGCCCGCAAGUCCUGGAAUGGCCAGUACCAAGUGGACUGCAACAAGGUCCCGUCACUUCCUGACCUCACCUUCCAGUUUGGUGGCAAGCCAUAUCCUUUGAAGGGAAGUGAUUACAUUCUCAACGUGCAGGGCACCUGUAUUUCUGCCUUCACUGGUAUGGAUAUCAAUAUGCCAGGUGGCGACUCACUUUGGAUUGUUGGUGAUGUCUUCUUGAGGAAGUAUUACACUGUAUACGACCUCGGCAACGAUGCGGUCGGUUUCGCCCCUGUUGCUUGAGCUUUGGACUUCCGGCGAUUCCCACUGUUUAUUCUGUACCAUAGGCCCCAUGUUGUGUAGUUAUUGUUCUGACGCGUUCUUGAAAUAAUGUUUCAAAUGCUGUCAUUUUGCC